ACAAGCUAUAAAAGCCCUAUAUAUACUUCUCUUCUUGUCGAUCUACAAGGAAUUUAAUUACUUGCAUGAGUAAUACUACUCUAUGUUAUGGCUUUUCUUUUUCAUUUUUCUCCUACUAUUUUCUCCAUAUUAUUUCUUAUGAUCACUUCUUGCAUAGCAUCAAAUGAUCAAUCUCCCAAGCCUUACAUUGUGUAUAUGGGUAGUACUUUGAAUAGCAGUGGGGACUCUGCUGAAAUUGCAGAAUUGUUGCAUAUUCGAAUAUUGUCAUCCAUUAUCCCAAGUGAAGAAAGUGAGAGAAUCUCAGUAAGGCAUUCCUAUCAUCAUGCUUAUAGGGGCUUUUGUGCCUUGCUUACCAAACAAGAAGCCACCCUUUUGUCAGGUCAUGACGAAGUUGUAUCAGUAUUUCCAGAUCCCAUACUUGAACUUCACACAACACGUUCCUGGGAUUUUUUGGGUGCCACUGUUGGAUCUUAUUAUUCCACCUACAACCAUUCUUCUUCUUCUAAUUCUGACGUUAUUAUUGGAGUUAUUGACACAGGCAUAUGGCCAGAGUCACCCGGUUUUGAUGACCAACAUAUUGGAGAAGUGCCAUCAAGAUGGAAAGGAGUUUGCAUGGAAGGAGUUGACUUUCACAAGUCAAACUGCAAUAGGAAGUUGAUUGGAGCAAGAUUUUACAAUAUUGACGAUCAAGAUUCCGACAUCACAGAAAUACCUAAAAGUACAAAAAUACCAUCAAGACCACCAAAUGGAACACCAAGGGAUAAAGUAGGUCAUGGAACACACACAGCCUCAAUUGCAGCAGGUGCAUUUGUCCCUAAUGCCACUUACCAUGGCCUAGCAAGUGGCAUUGCUAGGGGAGGCUCACCCUUUGCUAGGAUAGCAACUUACAAAGCAUGUUCAGAGGGGUACUGUCAAGGUUCUGCAAUACUCAAAGCAAUUGAUGACGCGAUUAAAGAUGGAGUUGACAUAAUUUCAAUAUCUGUUGGAAAGAGUUUUGUUUUCCAAACUGACUUUAAAGAUGAUCCAAUUGCAAUUGGGGCGUUUCAUGCUGCUGAGAGAGGUGUUGGUGUUGUUUGUUCUGGUGGCAAUGAAGGCCCUGAUUCUUAUACUGUUACCAACUCUGCUCCUUGGAUUCUCACUGUUGCUGCUUCUACCAUUGAUAGAAAUUUUCAGGUCAAUGUGGUCCUGGGAAACAAUGUCUCUUUGAAGGGGACAGGAAUAAGUUUCUAUACUAUAGGUCGCUCCAAAACUUAUCCCCUUGCAUUCGGUGAAAAUAUUCCUUUUCACCCCUCGUUAACUUUUCAAGCCAGGAAUUGUAUGCCAGGUUCACUGGACGCCAAACGAGUUGCUGGGAAAAUAGUUGUUUGUAUGAAUGAUGGCUGGUCAGUAUCAAGAGAAAUCAAGAAAUUGGUUUUGCAAGAUGGCAAUGCAAAGGGCUUGAUUUUAAUUGAUGAAAAAGAGAAAAGUUCCCCAUUUGAUUCAGGCAACUUUCCAUUUGCUGAAUUUGGAAAGCUAGCUGGGGCACAAAUUCUUCAAUAUAUUAAUUCCUCCCGGAAUCCACUGGCAACUAUAUUUCCUGUUAAUGAGAUCCGAAGAUUUAAGCCAGCUCCAGUAGUAGCUGAUUUUUCAUCACGCGGACCUGCUUCACUUACGGAGAAUAUUCUUAAGCCCGAUAUAACUGCUCCUGGCGUUGGCAUAUUAUCAGCUAUGAUACCCAAUACAGAUGACAAAAAAUCAUCUUUAUUUGGCAUAACAUCAGGAACAUCUAUGGCUUGCCCACAUGUUAGUGGAGCUAUGGCCUUCAUUAAAUCAAUCCACCCAACUUGGAGCUUCUCAAUGAUCAAAUCUGCUAUCAUGACAACAGCAACAAUAUCCAAUAAUGCGAGAAAGCCCUUGUCAAAUACGUCAAAUCUUCAUGCAAGUCCACAUGAAAUAGGUGCUGGGGAAUUAAACCCUAUUAAAGCUCUUAAUCCAGGCUUGGUAUUUGAAACAACCAUGAAUGAUUACUAUAACUUCCUUUGUUAUUAUGGCUACAAUGAAAAAGAACUUAGAUUAAUAGUAUCUAAUAAAAAGAAUUUCAUUUGCCCAACAAAUACUAGGACUACGUACAAAAAGGAACUCAUAUCACACAUAAAUUACCCUUCAAUCUCUAUAGAAAAACUUGAGCAAAAUCGAAUUUUGAGAGUGAAACGAGUCGCGACAAAUGUUGGUAACUCUCCAAAUGCCACGUAUACUUCCUCGAUUUUCGGUCCACCGGGUUUGAUCGUUAGGGUUUCUCCUUCAAAGAUUGCAUUUGUGAAAGGAAUAAAGAAAGCUUCAUUUGAAGUCUCUUUUGAUGGUAAUAAAGCAUCAAAAGGUUAUAAUUUUGGGGUUAUAACAUGGUUUGAUGGUUCUCAUGAUAAGGUUCAUAUGGUAUUUGCAGUGAAUGUUGAGUAGUGGUUUAAGUUUUUUUGUGUAUAUCGUAGAGGGAUGAGAUAUUAUUGUAAGAUAUCAUUAUAUUCCCCAAAUUUAUAAAUUGGAAUAAAAUAAUUUUGAUAAGUGUUCAUGUAAA